UUCUCUCUCUCUCUCUCUCUCUGUGGUUCGGUUGAUGUGGAAAACGCCAUUCUCGUGAACACAAAGGACCUAGCUAAACGCUCUCUCUCUCUCAAAGGCUCGUAACAGAGUUCGGAGUAAAGAGCUCUUUCUCUUCCACAUCUCUCAGUUGCGAUGUAUUCGAUCUUUCGGAGAAAGCAGCAUCAAAAUCAGGAGGAUGAUUCUUCACAAGAUACAAAGGUUGGUGAACUCAAGGCUGCUAUUGGGCCCCUAUCUGGACGUAGCUUGCAGUACUGCACUGAUGCAUGCCUGAGGAGAUAUUUGGAAGCUCGAAAUUGGAAUGUUGGCAAGGCAAAGAAAAUGUUGGAGGAGACACUCCAAUGGAGGUCAACCUAUAAACCGGAGGAAAUCUGUUGGCAUGAAGUAGCACAUGUAGGUGAGAAUGGGCUAGUCUCAAGAGCAGAUUUUCAUGAUCGAUUUGGGAGGCCUGUCCUUAUAAUGAGGCCAGGAAUGCAGAAAACAACAGCAGGAGAAGGUAAUCUUCGCCAUCUAGUAUAUCUUGUGGAGAAUGCUAUCCUUAGCCUUGCCGAAGGUCAAGAACAAAUGACAUGGUUGAUAGACUUUACUGGAUGGUCAUUGAACACCAAUGUCCCCAUUAAAGUAGCCCGGGAUAUCAUCAACACUCUACAGAAUCAUUACCCCGAGAGACUCGCUUUAGUCGUCCUUUAUAAUCCACCAAGGAUCUUUGAGGCAUUCUGGAAGGUUGUGAAGUAUUUCGUGGACCCAAAAACGUUCCAGAAGAUCAAUUUUGUUUACACGAAUAACAAAGACAGUGAGGAGGUCAUGAAGUCAUAUUUUGAUGCUGAAAACCUUCCAAAUGUGUUUGGAGGAAAAGCGAGCCUGAAAUAUGACCACGAAGAGUUUUCAAGGUUGAUGGCCCAAGAAGAUGUGAAAACUGCUAAAUUCUGGGGAUUCGAUUGCAAGCCAUGUCACGUCACAACCAAUGGACAUUUAGGAGCGGAGGUGGCUCCCGAGCCAGUUAGUCUUGCACCAUCUGCAAGCUGAAGGGAGUCCACGAUACCCAAAAAGAGUAUGUAAGUAACACUAAAGAAUGAAUUUACUGAUGGGAGCUGAGUUGAAAACAAUUUUCGGUACCUUGCUAAGAUGAAUAAAAAUUAGUUUUCUUUGCAUACUGCAGCUAACUAUAGGGGAGGUUAAUUUUCUUCUUCCUCUUCAUAUGCUCUUGAUUGUAUUACUACAGUAUUAGUAUUCCAAACCUUAAAAUGACAGAACUGUAAUGAUUACAUGGCUGCUCCUAGUGAUAAAUUUGAUAACUCUAUUGUAAUACACUUCCAAGUGCCAUAAGUUGCUCUUUUCUUUCUUUUUC